CUAGAAAUGAAGCCCUUGCUUUGUACUGGAACGCGGAGGAGUCUAAUGGGGAAGAAGAAGCAGAAGGUCGUGCUUCCACCAGACCUCCCGCCUGAGGUAUCGGAGGACGAAAUUGAGAUUUCCGAUGAAGACUUAGAAUUCGUUAACGAAAAUCGUGACUACGCUGGCUUCGUUUCGCGCUUAGACACUCAGUCCAUCACCAAGCAUGUGACACGUGUUGCGGAUGUGAAGGAAGAUGCUUUAGAGGCUAUAUAUGAGAAGCGUUUACGAAAGAAGUCAGUGGAGAAGGAAAAAGAGGAUAGCGGGGUUAAAAUUGAUCCUGUUGAUGCCCUUCCGGUCAAGACUUUGGAUGGAAAACUCUACUAUCGAACAUUACCUAAGACGACGAAUGGUGAAGUUGAAAAGGAAGCUGAGGAGGAUGAAAAGGAUGAUGGUGCGGAUAAAGGAAUAGUUAAGCUGACAAAAGCUGAAAGGAGAGCUAAGCUUAAAAAAAUUAGGAAAGAGGCGAAGAAACAAGGGAAGGAGUUGACUGAAACCAAAGAAGCAGAGGAAGCCCCCCAAGCUGCUGUGCUGGCUGAAGUGAAAAAAGAUCUCACGGCUGAAGAAGCGUUUGAAAGUAAGAAGCACAAACUUGCAGAGCUUGGAAUUGCUCUGCUUGCAGAUCCAGAGUCCAAUAUUAAAUCGUUGAAAGAGAUGUUACAAAUUGCUAGAGAUGAUAAUCCUUCUAUUGCCAAACUUGGAUUUCUUUCAUUGUUGGCUGUUUUUAAAGACAUUAUUCCUGGCUACCGGAUUAGGCUUCCUACUGAAAAGGAGCUAGAGAUGAAGAUUUCCAAGGAUGUUAAGAAGAUGAGGUUGUAUGAAUCAACACUUCUAUCUGUGUACAAGGGAUAUCUGCAGAAGUUAAUUGCAUCAGAGAAGCAAUCGGUGUUUCACCAUGUGGUUGUUCGCUGUAUUUGCAAUUUGCUUGAUUCAGUUCCACACUUUAACUGUCGUGAAAGCUUGUUGGAGGUUGUUGUCAGAAACCUGGCCUCCCAUGAUGAUGUUGUGAGGACACUUUGUUAUGCUACAAUCAAGUCACUUUUUGCUAAUGAGGGAAAGCAUGGUGGUGAAGCUACUGUGGAGGCUGUUCGAUUGAUUGCAGACCAUGUGAAAGUUAAUAAUUGUCAAUUGCAUCCUGAUUUCGUUGAGGUGCUUAUGUCUUUAUCAUUUGAUGAAGAUCUUCGGAGGGCGGAAGUACAAGACAGGGAUAAUAAAGCUAAACACAAGAAAAAUAAAAAAAGAAAGAAUGUUGAAGAGCCAAGUAAAUUACCAGAAAAUGAUAGAAAGAAAAGUAAGAAAGAAUUGAUGGCCAAGACAAGAGAGGAGGUUUCUGCUGAUUAUAAGUCUGCUUCUCUCGCCCCAGAUGUUAUGGAAAAGAUAAAGAUGCAAUCAGAGACACUCUCUGCUGUGUUUGAGACAUAUUUUCGUAUUUUGAAACAUACCAUGAACUCCACUGCAGCCAGUUCUGACACAAAUGCUAAUUCACCCACCAGUGCAUCUGGGGCCCACCCACUGCUUGCUCCAUGUCUGAAUGGAUUAGGAAAGUUCUCUCAUCUAAUUGAUUUAGACUAUAUUGGUGAUCUUAUGAACUAUCUGAAAAAGCUUGCUGGUGGAGGUAGCAGCCAAGACAAUUCAUCCCAAAAAUGCUUGGAAAAUUUGACUGUGUCUGAACGCCUGCGAUGCUGCAUUGUUGCUUUUAAAGUAAUGAGAAAUAAUCUUUAUGCCCUAAAUGUUGAUUUACAGGACUUCUUUGUGCAGCUUUACAAUCUAGUUCUUCAUUACAGACCUGGAAGAGAUCAAGGCGAAGUGUUAGCUGAAGCGUUGAAGAUUAUGUUAUGUGAUGAUAGACAACAUGACAUGCAAAAAGCUGCUGCAUUUGUAAAACGAUUGGCAACUUUCUCGUUAAGCAUUGGCUCAGCAGAAGCCAUGGCCGCCUUGGUUACUUUGAAGAAUCUUCUUCAGAAGAAUGUAAAAUGCCGGAACCUACUGGAAAAUGAUGCCGGAGGUGGCUCAGUUUCAGGUUCUAUUGCAAAAUAUCAGCCCUAUGCCACAGACCCAAAUUUAAGCGGUGCUCUUGCUUCGGUCCUCUGGGAGCUCAACCUUCUGUCAAAACAUUACCAUCCAGCUAUAUCAACCAUGGCUUCAGGCAUUUCAAACAUGAACACUGCCCCAAACCAGAUAUAUCAAACACUCUCUCCUCAACAAGCUUUUACAGAAUUUUCACUUGAACGGGAGUCGUUUAACCCAAAAAGUGACAUCCGAAAAUCAAAUAACAAGAGGAAAAGAGCAAAAGAGUCUUCCAUAUUGGCUGAUACCAACUCAACUUCAGAUGCAUCAAAUUCAAUCAACGAAGAUGAGGUGAACAAGAAACUUGGUAAGCACUUCACAGUUCUCCGUGACAUCAAAGAAAACGAGCAAUUAAGAGGUGAGUUAGAUCAAGUUACUUUAUCCCUUAAUUUAUAUGAAGAAUAUAAGAAGAAAAAGAAGGCAGGAAAAACAAAAAUCAAGAGAAAGAAAAUUUGAUGAUAGUUUACUGCUUAUGUUUCUUCUACCCAUAAAAUUUUGAUUGUUUACUGAGAAUAGCUGUAUUAAUUGAUGUUUCAUAUUCAUGGACUUAUAGAAUCUGAAUAGCUGUAUUGAUUGAUGUCAGUUUAUUUAUAACUCUAUGGCUUGCAUGUGACUGAUAUCCCACAUUCACAUGCUUCUUUCA